AUGAUGCGGUGUGUCAUGGCUGGUCUUCUCAAAGAGGAACCUGUGGAAGCUUUCCUCCGCUUGUAUGGUGAGCAUGACGAAGACGCGGAGUACGUUAUCGACGUGCUGACAUUCCUAGAUGCCUUUGCUGCGCUUCCUGACUCUGCGACUACAUCAGCUCUGUUCUAUUGUAACCGUAUGGGUGGUCAAAGUAUGAAAGAUUACAAUAUCGAGCUAGAGCGCCUCCGAGAGCGAUCUGGCAUUCCUUCAGACUGGGAAGUCCAGAGCGAAGUCAGGAAGCUGCGAAUAGAGUUUUCCGCCGAACAUGAGUUAUUGCAGCGAGACUUUCAACUGAAAUGGAAUGGCAAGCCCAUCAACGUUUGCGAAGUGUCUGCUCGCGCAUCGGCGGAUGACAUGGCUGAGAACGACUGCAUCAUCUGUUCUGACAGUCCAACGAAUCCGGCCGUCGUCACUAAGCCUUGUGGACACUUGUACUGUCAAGACUGUUUAGAAACCUGGAUCCAUGCGUGUCAGCGUCAAAGCCAUACUUGUCCCGCUUGUCGUACACAGCUCUUUCCCAAGCCAAACUAUGUGCUCGACGGAGAUCAUUCGGUCCGGGGGUGGCAGGAGAUUGAGUGCGUAGAAAUUAACCUGCGGCAGUUGAAUGAGUUACUAGAAUCGUGGAAUUGGCUGAAGGAAGAACGGUCGCUGCAGAAGCGUUACGAAUGCAAAUACCGCUAG